UCCCCCCCCCCCCUCCACAAUUCGAUUUUGUUUGCACUAUUUGACUCUUUAGCUUGAAACUAAACUUAUUCUCCGUCACUGUGGGCUUUCCACGGUUGCGCACUACGCGCCAUUUAGGAGAACGAACACCUAUCAAAAUGACAUAUUCGACCAUGACUUAAUUAUAGUUGUUACAUCGAUGGAAGUUGUAAACUGAGAAGAAGGGGAAGUGCCCCAGCUUGUACGCUGGAAACGGGAAAAGGGGCUUGGAAACUUGGGAAUGCCUUCUUUUUUUUUUUUUCUUCCUUUUGGGUGGUAACUCUUGGACUGCUGACGCGUCCGUCAGCUCGCUGUAACUCCUUCCUCGUUUCUUUCCAGAAGGAGAAGAAGCGGUCCAUUCGGAGCUCGUCCCUUUCCGCCAUGUUGCUGCGCUCCGUCGUGUGCAUCUUAUUGGGUGUCUCGGUGUGGCCGGCCCGGUGCUACUUUUCGGAGGAGCGAUCUCCCGAGGAGUCGCGAAUGCAGCCCCCGACCGUGGUGGUCGCCAUCAUAGCCAGGAACGCCGCUCACUCGCUGCCCUACUACCUCGGGGCGCUGGAGAGGCUCGACUACCCCAAAGAUCGCAUCUCGGUGUGGGCAGCCACGGAUCACAAUGCAGAUAACACCACAGCCAUGCUGAAAGAGUGGCUCACUGUCAUGCAGAAGUUCUACCAUUAUGUGGAGUGGAGACCCAAAGAGCAACCCGUGUCCUACGCGGGGGAGCUCGGCCCAAAACACUGGCCUAACACCAGAUACGAGUAUGUGAUGAAGCUGAAACAGGCUGCGCUCAACUUCGCCAGGAAGCGCUGGGCUGACUACAUCCUGUUUGCAGACACCGACAACAUCCUCACCAACCCCGAUGCACUCAACCUGCUGAUAGCUGAGAACAAGUCAGUCAUAGCUCCCAUGCUGGACUCUCAGGGUGCGUAUUCCAACUACUGGUGUGGAAUAACGCCACAGGGCUAUUAUCGAAGGACAGCAGAGUACUUCCCUACCCGCAACCGCCAUCGCUUGGGCUGCUUCCCCGUACCGAUGGUGCACUCCACCAUGUUGCUAGACCUCAGGAAGGAGGACAUGAAGAAACUGGCUUUCUACCCUCCUCACAAGGAGUAUUCCUGGCCGUACGAUGACAUCAUCGUCUUCGCCUUCUCCUGCAGAGCGGCGGCGAUCCAGAUGUAUCUGUGCAACAAAGAGCGCUACGGCUACUUGAACAUCCCGCCCAAGCCUCAGCACACUCUGGAGGACGAUCGCCUCAAUUUCGUCCAUCUCCACUUGGAGUCCAUGAUCGACGGGCCUCCCAUGAAGCCCUCCCGAUACGUCCACACAUUCCCCAAGCAGAGAGACCUCAUGGGCUUUGAUGAGAUUUACCUGAUUAAUCUUCGCCGGCGGCCCGACCGGCGAGACAGGAUGUUGUUCUCACUGAAUGAGCUGGAGAUCGAUGUCAAGGUGGUCGACGCUGUGGAUGGAAAUGCACUGAACAGCAGCGACAUCAAGAUUCUGGGCGUAGACCUACUACCUGGCUACUACGAUCCGUUCUCUGGUCGCACGCUCACUAAAGGAGAGGUGGGCUGCUUUCUUAGCCACUUCUACAUCUGGAAGGAGAUGGUGGACAUGCAGCUGGAUAAGGCGGUGGUGCUCGAGGACGACGUCCGAUUCCAGGCAAACUUCAAACGACGAGUCUUACGGCUGAUGGAGGAGGUAGAGCAGGUGGAGCUGGACUGGGACCUCAUAUACUUCGGCAGGAAACAGGUGAACCCUGGGAAGGAAGAAGCGGUGGAGGACGUUCACAACCUGGUGGUGGCCGACUACUCCUACUGGACCCUCUCGUACGCCAUUUCCCAGCAGGGGGCCCAAAAGCUGCUCAAUGCCGAGCCUCUUUCCAAGAUGCUGCCCGUCGACGAAUUCCUCCCCAUCAUGUACGACAAACAUCCCAACGAGGACUACAAGUCCCACUUCCCCAACAGAAACUUACAAGUGUUCAGCACGUGGCCGCUGCUGGUGCAGCCCUGCCACUACGCCGGCGACCCCGAGUGGGUGAGCGACACCGAGACGUCCACGCUGUGGGACGACGACGCGGUCCGCACCGACUGGAGGGGCUCCCACAAGACUCUGAAGGGGGGGAUGCCGCCGCCCGAGAUGCUGUCGGCCUCCUACAGGGAUGAACUCUAGAGCGGCGGGAGACGAUUGAGAGGUGAAUGCUGUCGGGACAAAGUCUUCUCACGAUCCACCCUCUGCCUUUUAAAGGCGGACUUUCACGGUGGUAAGGGUGUCUGGAUUUUAUUUGUGUUUAUCAGGGACUGGUGUUCUUACGACUUGCACAUAAACACGGUUUCUAAGACAUUCGUAACAUUCUGAAUGUGGGAUUUCGACUUUUCAUUCAUUCGUUCAUGACCAAAUGUACCUCAUAUAUCAGCAGCAGAGAUACACUUAGUAGACACUUGAUUAGGUACACCAGCACAAUCGAAUAAGAUUAUAAACGAAAAACAUUGUUUACAAAGAUAAUUUUUUAAAAAUUCCAUUGACACUGCAGGACAGUGUACACCAGGCGUGUCAAACUUGGUUGCAUUGUUGGCCACAUCGUAGUUACGGUGGCUCUCAGGGGAGCGGUGUGGCUGUAUUGGUAAAUCCACGUAAAUGUAUAAUCUUGGGGAUAUAACGGUUAUGUUUUGGUACAUACAUCGGGUUUAAGGACCUGGCUUAAUUUACAUUCAGUACAGUAAGGGAAUAAAAUGCAAAACAAACUGUUCAUCUUUUGUGUAAGCGGAUUUAAUGACAAUUAUUAUUCCGAUGAUGGAUAACUUGUUUUGAUCAGACGUCGAAGGGAAAACAAAACACCAAAUGAUGUGCAAGGUCCGAUCUUGACCACAGGCUGCAAGUUUGACACACGUGGUGGAGGCACUACACGGUAGUGAGACAAUUUCUAAUGGCUUGGCUUUCUCUUGGAGCUAACUAACCAAACUUGGAACGUAAGCUUUAGUUUGCUUCCUGUUGCGUCACUGGCUUUCCUUUUAAGUUCAUCUUGACAGGGUUACAAUCGAGAAACUAAUGCGGAUGCUCCAAAAUGGAUUUCCAAUGCAAUCACUGUACACACACUUCAAUGAAACCAGUUGCAUUACUGAUCUCUUCAUCUCUUGAUACGUUCAUGUUUUUAAUUUAUUUCUCAAGUAUCUCGACUUUUUCCACUUGUCAGUGUCGUCUGUGCGUCAUGCAUUUUUGUUGCAGUGCAUGCUCUAAAGAAAGCAACAACUUUCAUAAAUCUUUGUAAUUAAAAUAUACUGAUUCCUACUGUGGCUUUACGUUGUAGAUGUUGAUGUGGGGCAGCAGUUUUAUCAGAACACAAGAAAAUCUCAUUUCGAUAGGAGCAACAAAAGGAGCCGCUGACUUCUGUCAGUCAGUCAAUCUAUUCCAAGUGGUUAUGUGGCUAUCUGAUUUGUCAUGUUCCAAAGUUGCAACAUCAGAGGUUGUACUGACACCAAGUGGCCUCAAGGGAGAACCUGUACUGUCGACUUUUAUUAUUCAAAUUUGUAGGGUUGGGAUUGUUGCACUGAACUCACAUCACACAAAAAAAGGUUCCGCCUACUGCCACACAUUUUGCAUAAGGUGGCUAUGUAUCUGCAGUUUCUAUGAACAAUUCUGAAAUUUGAACAAGUCCGACCGCAUUGAGCAGUCUAAGAUGAGUACAGGUAUAUAAAUGUUUACUGGCUGUGUUCCAAAGUCAACGUAUUGCGGUCCUCACAGAUCAUUUAGUAUUUGAAGGAACAUCACAUUGAAGCUUUUGUGGUUUUUCUAAACUUGCAGAUAUCAAGGACAUAUGCACGCAUCGAGUGUAUUAGAAUCGCUCUUGGUGCAUGUUUUGCAUUUCAUGUUAGCGAUCGCAGAGCUUUAAAUUCAUCAUUCAGUUAUUCUGUUAAUUCAUCAACAGAAGGCUAUGUGUCGAAUCAUGCUAAAAACACGUCCUGGGUUGCAGCAUUUUUGUGCUACAGUAUUUUUAUUGAAUCUCGCGCAGGUUGCAGCCUUGUGUGCAUUUCUCCCCCAAGCAAUACACCAGCUGCACAUGCUUGACCUAGUUUAAUCUGGAACAAAAAAAAAAAUUGGGCUGACCAGAAUGAUUGAGAUUCUUCCACAAAUUUAAUUAAGGAAAAUGAAUACAUUUGUUUCUGUAGGUCUGUUUUAACCUGUUUAGUAUGUUACUUCCCAGUAGUGUUUAAACUUUGGGGAAGGGGGGGUUAUUUCCCUUUUCAAAUGAUGACCCGUUUGUAAGGAAGAUGGAUUCAACCAUUGAGUUUGUGCCAAUGUCGUCAAUCCCAUACUUAUCUAAAC